AUGUUUACCAGCCUGGCUGGCGUUGGUGGCGGUGUCUGGUCUGCUGGUGUGGCUGUCGACUUGGCCGACAAGUGGCCAUGGUGGCUUGGACGGGCGUCCAGUGAUAUGGCAAAGAAGAAGGAGGUCUGUUGCUCCAAUCAAUCACUCUGUCGUGGUGUGCCUGACGCUGACGAGCUGCGGGAAGGGGGGGAAGAGUGGGCGCGCGCUGACACGUUCCUCGCAGGGGACCUCCACUCCAAGGGUCAGUCGACAAAGUACUCGGUACGAACAGCCCAAAAACGGGGACCGCACCCCACAAAGGGCGAGGAGACAGAUGGAGGGGCGUCUCCGGAGCAAGCGCUGGGAAUGGCCGCCGAGCAGCGUGAGCGUUCUGCCACCUGCAUCUUCCUCCCAAAUGCCCGGUGCACGGCCCCCCAACGCUGCCGACCAACAAGCCUUCAAGUCUCCCGGCCCGUGUGCCUCCACCGAGAAAUACCCCAGCCCGUCCGUCACCAAUGCCUGGGUGCUUGCAACAACGCGGAACCCUAUCAACCUACCCUAUCGGCGCAAAUGAGGUGGAGGACUGAUGUGUACAAACAAAUCGCACGCCGUCAAUCGACAGGCAGCACCGUACAUGUUUCCGUGGAAGGUCCGGGCCGGGAAACACAACAAGACGAUCUGUGCUCCUCAGCCUUGGAAUCCUUGAUGGAAGAUCGUGCCAUGGAUCUGGAAAUGGUGUCUACCUGCUGCUGCUGUUGCUGCCCUGCCGGAUCCUGUCGUGGCCAGAUCAACGACGACAGACAGGCAUUUACUGGUAUGCCAUCAUUUUCAACAGAUUUGCUUCUCGUUAACUACCGGCGUCGUCACUGGUCGCUCUUCCCCGUCCACGUUGUCGCCAGCUGGUGCCGCCUCUUACGUUCACAGGCUCGCUUGAGCAUUCAUCAUGGUUCCUUAAAUGAUGGUACGGCACCCGAACUCGGAUAUUCAAAGGUGAACACUGCUUUCCUUGCUUGUCAGGGCAUGAAACAACCGCUGCCUCCGAGCCCUCUCCGAGUCCCGAAGAGUACCCAGCGACUCGACAAUGUCAACUACAAGUGUCCUUCACCGCUAUGCUUCACGUGCACAUAUGUAGUGCAUAAACAGCCCGUGGCAGUGGCGUAA